AUGGGUGACCAUGAAUGGAUGUCCCGUCUGAGGAGGUUUGCCGCCACAGGGGUUUGGCCCACAGACGCUGGGAACAGACCUGCCCCUCGGCAAAAGAAGUGGCACGAACUCUAUCAGAUGAUUGAAAAGUGUCCGCUCCAAAAUCGGGGUCAGAGGUCUUUGUUUGGUGCAGCACAGGUCUGCUUGUGUGGGUUUCACACCAAAAAGACACCUCAGGAACCGGCAACUAGAUCUGCCUCUUCAUCUGCCCCCCCUUCUUUGCCUGGACCAGCUCCUUCAACUUCAGCAGGCUCUCCAGCUUCUCCUGCAGUUUCUUCAAGAGAUGUCGCUGUACCUUCUGAGGUUGCUGCAAAGCGACCUAAACUGACACUUCAAAUGUUUGAAAAAUCCCGGUUUGGUGGCUCACUGAGCUCAGCAGUCAAACCUAACCUAGGUCUUGCUAGGAAGUCUCCUCAGAUUCCAUCAAGCACUGCCACAUCAUCUGAGAGUGUGACAAUGGCCUCUCCAACAAGACUCCCUACACCUCCAACAACCUCUACCAGUCCCCGGGUCCCCCAUUCAUCUCCCAAAACCUUCAUUCAGACCAUCUCCCCAUUCUCUCUCCCCCCUCCUUCUUCUUCUGCCUCAGUGAGGACCACCAAGCCCCCAGCUAAUACCCUUCGACAAUCAGCUGAGCCUGCAAGUGUUUUUACUUUACGUUUUAUUUAUUUGCUCACUGUCUAG